UACAUCUUCAUCGAUACUUUAGUUUCGAAUCAAGUCUUUCAGUUGUUGCUUUUAAUCUGUAUUUUAACGAACAUAUGAACUCGGAUCUAUCAUUUAAUCAGCCAAAAUGGAAACCAGAUUAGGUCCAUUAUUUUUUCUCCUGCUAAUAAGCAUUUUUAUCUCAAAAUUAUCGGCACAGCAAGAAGAUUGUGUAACGUCAAGGAGAGAACCAGGAGUUUGCACUGGAAUUCGUCAAUGUCCGCGGAUGAUCGGUAUUUUACAGCAAAGACCAUUGCGAGAGGAUGAUCUUCAAUAUCUUCAAAGAUCACAGUGCAGUUUUGACAGAAGUAAUCCAAUAGUUUGUUGUCCAUCGCAAUCACCAACUCCUCGUCCAACUUCUCGUCCAACUCCUCGUGUUCCGACAAAUAAUGGUAACGGCAAUGAAAAUCCAAAUGUUAAUCUCAGGAGCAAUCCUCUUUUCCCCUCUGAUUGUGGAACCGACACUGAAGAAAGAAUUGUCGGCGGGGAAAGCACUGAUAUUGACGAAUUUCCCUGGAUGGCCCUUCUGGAAUAUCAAAAGCCAAAUGGAGUAACAACAGCCUGCGGAGGAGUAUUAAUCAGCAAACGUUACGUCCUCACAGCGGCUCAUUGUCUCAAGGGGAAGGACCUUCCAAAAACUUGGACUCUCUCAAGAGUAAGACUAGGAGAAUACGACACAAAUCAAAAUGUCGAUUGUAUUCAACGCAACGGAAUUCGUGUCUGCGCCGAUCCACUGGUAACAAUUCCAAUUGAGGAGCAAAUCGCUCACGAGGACUACAUCCCAGCAUCCAAGGAUCAACGAAAUGAUAUCGCAUUACUGCGAUUGAGUCGUGACGUUAAUUUCACGCAUUACAUAAAAGCAAUCUGUCUUCCGCUCGAUUCAAACGUUGGACAAUUACUCGAUGUCGCUGGAUGGGGUAAAACCGAAACAAGAUCAGAAUCAAAUGUCAAAUUGAAAGUGAGAAUUCCCCUUGUAUCGAAUGCAGAUUGUGUUCGUACUUACGCGAAUGCUGGCUUACAAUUGGGCGACGGUCAAAUUUGCGCCGGCAGUCAAAAGGGUAAGGAUUCGUGUCGUGGUGAUUCUGGUGGACCACUAAUGGCACGUGCAUUGGGAGCUAACGAAGAUAAGCCACGAUGGGUCAGCAUUGGAGUUGUUUCCUUUGGACCGUCGCCUUGCGGAAUGGCAGGAUGGCCCGGUGUCUAUACAAAGGUCCACGAUUUUCUACCCUGGAUCCUGCGAAAUAUGAGAGAAUACUAUUCACAGGAAUCGGAUAAUUGCAUUACACCGACGAAAGUAUUAGGAAUUUGCGUCAAUAUAAAAGAAUGUAAACCAUUAGUUACGCUUCUAAUAAAGGAAAAACCAAUUCCAAACUCGGUACUUCAAUUAUUAAGAGAAUCGUUUUGUGGUUUUGAUGGAAAAACCCCAAGAGUUUGUUGUCCACAGCAGUCGAACGAAGUCUCUACAGAUAGAACAACGACAACCGAAGAGACAAUAACGAAUGAUCCUGAAACUGCACCAAAACCGCCAGACGUUACAAAUCAUAGAAAUUUGCGACUAUUAGAUUUUGACGUCUGUGGGCCUGUUAGUCAACCAAAAAUUUUUGGUGGCAAAAAAACGGGCGUCUUGGAUUUUCCCUGGAAUACAUUGAUUGCCUAUAAAAACAGAUUUGGUGAUUCUGAAUUUAAAUGCGGCGGAUCGGUAAUUAAUAAACGUUAUAUUCUCACAGCUGCACAUUGUGUAACCAGUGAUGGAGUGGAAUUAUUAAAUGUAGUCUCAGUGAGAGUUGGCGACCACGACACAACCAAAGAAAUCGAUUGCGAUGUUGAUAAAAGUGGCAAUAUUUUGGUCUGCGCUGAUAAAUAUCAAGAAUUUGGAAUUGAAAAAAGAAUUUUCCAUCCAAAAUAUUCGAGAGCAAAAUUAACGGACGACAUUGCUUUGUUAAGAGUCGACGCUGAUAUUAAUUUGCAACUUCCGAAUGUUAAACCAAUUUGUCUACCAGUUGGUACCGCAGUCAAUAUACCACCGAAAAAGGUCGUUGUGACUGGAUGGGGAAGAACUGCUGUUCAACCACGAAGCAAUGCACUGAUGAUGAUUCGAAUUGAUCUCGUCCCAAACGUUGAUUGUGCCGAGACGUAUAAAAGAAAUGCUCAAAUUGGUUACAAGCAAAUGUGCGCCGGUGGUAAAAAAGGUGUCGAUUCCUGUGCCGGUGAUAGUGGAGGUCCUUUACAAAGUGUCCAUGUUUUUAAUAACACCGAAGCCAGAUAUGUUCAAUACGGUGUCGUCAGCUUUGGACACAUCAAUUGUGGCGAAGCGGGAUUUCCUGCCGUUUACACUCGAGUUCCUUAUUACAUGGACUGGAUUCUGGACAAUUUAGAAGAAUAAAUAUUAAAUUUCACAUAAUUCCAUUCAUUUUUAAAGAAGAAAAUAAGUAUUCAAUUAGAUUGAAAUUCUAUGCAUCUAGAAAUAAAAUAUUCAAAGUGUUAUUCAAUAAGAAUAAGAGCAAAAAAUUUUAAAUUUAAAUUUUAUUAUUGUUACGAUAAAAAUGUUCUAUUUUAACAAAAGCGGUUCCAAGCUUUUCAAUAAUAUGAAAAUAUAAACAAAGAAUCAGAAUAGAAA